AUUUAUGCAGUUUCUAUACUAUGCUACAGUUUCAGAGUCUUCCUAGCCUCAAAAACAGUUUAAAAAAUCUUCUGAUUCCAUCGCUACGUGGGAAUCAUCGUUGCCCCUGGCAACAGCAAAGUCGUUCCUCAAAAUCUUAGCAACCACAUUAAACAACUUUGAACUUGGGUGCACCGUGUUUGUACGGCAGACAGUGGCAAACGAGUUUUGUAUAUCCGGGAAAUUUUUUAAGCUUCUUUUUGAUACAUUUGCUGUAUCACAAUGCUUUUUUAUCCGGAAAUUAGUAUUCAAAAUGAGUUGAAAAAAUUGAUGUCCUGCGCCGAUCAGGAGUAUGACCAUCACCUUAAAGAGAAACGCAAAAGGUAUUUGAAAACGACCAGGAUCAUAAGACGGAAUUUUACUCUCAUGAUUUUGAUACUUCAAAGAUUACAAUCGCUUCUGCAAUCGGAGGAAGAGCAGCUGGAGAGGGAAAUAAUGAAAAAGUUCCAAGACGAGGAGGCCACUCGAUUGAGGGAAAAAACAAAUGCUCUUCUAAGCGCUAAGCAGGACCAGGAACGACAGCGAUUGGAGUUUGUGAAGAACAAGAUGAUACAACUAAAGCUAAAUAAUUGCGAUGAAAUCCGAUCCUUUCUGCAACAGAAGUAUCACGAGGAAUCGAAAAAAUGUCAACUUGCACAGAUUGAGGAUAAAAUGAGACUGAAACAAGCCAAAAUGGACGAGGAGCGAAUGUGGACGGAAGUGCACGUGCGAAAAUAUAAGAUGGACCUUCAAAACGAACAGAAGGAGAAACACGAGCGAAAAUCGUUGGAGCAAAAGACGUUGCAAGACAUCAAGCAGCAAAUAAAAGAGAAAUCGCUCAAAGCAAUUCAGGAUAAAGUGGACCUACAAAAGGUAGUGUGCGCUUCCCUACCGUUUCCCGAUCACGAUCCAAAACUGAAGGCUAUCGGAAAGUCGGAGCUUGCCGAACACUUGAAUGAACAAAUUGCACUGCGCAAAGAGCUGCAACGAAAGCGAGACGAGCAGGACAUGCAAGUUAUUCGGGUACUAAACGAAACUACCGCCAAACAGCUUGAACAGGAGCGGCAAGCUCGCAAAGCGGAAGACAUUCUGCUGAAGAAACAAAAGGAUCAGUUCUACCAAUACUCCAAACAUGUCCUGCGACAACGCCAGCUGGAAGAGGGCAAGCUGGAAAAACUCAUCAACGACACGCGGGAACAGUUUGACCAGGAAAAGUUGGAGGCAUGUCGCCGGGAGAAACAGAAACGACUGCAGAUGGCUUCGGUCGCGUACGAGGGUCAACGGAUGCAGAUUGCCGAAAUGGAAGCACGUAAGGCGCGGGAGCGCGAGGAGCGUCAACAGGCAGCCCUUCGCGAGCGGGAACAGCAGGAAAAGAACCGUGAAGAAGCCGAGCGAGCCGACUGCAGGAUACAGACAGCCGUCCAGCAGUACCGCGAUUCACUGAAGGAGCAAAUUAAAUCGGCCUCCCUGGAUCGAGAGCGGAACAAACGUGCCAACCAGAUGGAAACGAACCGUUUGAUCGAGCGUAGCUUCAAUGAGCUAAGUUUUGUGCAAAGUUACGUGAAAGGUUCGUUCGAAGAACACUUCAAAAAGCAUCCCAAUUUGUCACUGAUGAAGCGAAAGUACUGAAACAGUGCGAGGGAGAGGUUUUAGGUAUCAAAUUUGAGUAUUUUUUGCCACAAUUCAAACAAAGACGAAGAUUUCAAAGGAUUUUCUAUGUCCAUUUAAAGCUAAAAAAUUCAACUAUUCAGAUUUUUUAUAGUGCAGAUAUUCAUAGCAAAGAAACAAAAAUACUACGUGGUCGAGGGAACUACACAUUCUAAAUAAAACAAUAACGGUUCAAAUUCAAA